GAAAGAAUUGCAGCACAGGAUGCGGCCGAACGACACGCUCAGUUGACGUUGCAUGCCAUGGAACAGGAGUACGAAUUUGUCAAACGCUAUCGGGAUCAUUUGAGGCGAUACAUAACACUGGUAAAGAAUACACUUCCAAUGCAUCGUAAUCUCACCCAGAAGCUUCACGGAUUAGUGCAUGAGCUAAUUGGCAGUCGUAUGGAAUUGGCCCGUUUGGUGGAAAAAGCCGAGGAUCCCGAUAUUCCAGGCAGAUUGCGUAUUCUUGGGGGAAAAGAUCCAUCGCAAAAUGAAUUGUGGAUCACUCUGGGUAAAUUGGAACGAAGAAUGGCUGCGAAGGAGGAGGAUAUGGCUGAAAAGAAUUUGACCUACGAAGCCGUUUGCCGGCUGGUUGACAGUCUGCAAGCCACAGUUGUACUGGUUAAUAUUUUCUUGCAACCCGUGCUAAGCCAAGCCGGUUUAUGUGAGAUCUCUCUCAUCGUUCAUCCUACACAAUCUGCCGAACAUAUGCAAGUGAAGGAAUAUGUAGUCAUUGAUGACGAGAGGUUGGAUAGUGUAUCCUUGAGGGAGGACACAUUAACAUUGGCUACCGAGGUGAACAAAAUCAAAUCUCGUCUGCUGCAACUUCGUAAUCAAAUGAAAACCAUCUAUGCUGAGCUCGUCGUGUGCGGUGCGGAACGCAACGACCUGAAGGAACAAGUCAAUACCUCAAAUCCCCGACGGGACUGUGAAUAUGCACCACGGAUGAGCCGUAAUAAGAAAGAAAUUCGAGUCUGGUGGUUCCGACUGUAUGGUAAAUUGGAAGACCUGAGGAAUGUGCACGAAUGUGAAACCUGA